AUGGAGAGAAUCGAUAUUCAUGCCCAUUGCGUUCCGCCCACUUAUCGGGAGUAUUGUCUCAAGAAUGACUUUGCGGGAAGGGGCCACCCUGACGGGAUGGGAUGCCCGCCAUUCCUUUUGGAAUGGGACGCCAAGUCUUAUAUCCAGCUGCUGAAGGAACUGAACAUUACAAAGUCCGUCCUUAGCAUGUCCUCGCCGGGUACACACUUGACCCCUGGCAAUGACGAGGAAGCGCGGUCGCUCACCCGCAGUAUGAAUGAAGACAUGGCAAAGAUCUGCGCUGAGAACAAGGACCAGUUCUUGUUCUUCGCAUCACUCCCACUCCCAGAUGUGAAAGGAUCUCUCACCGAGAUCAACUACGCACUUGACCACCUGGGCGCAGUAGGGUUCCAGAUCCUGACCAACUCUCAUGGAAUUUACCCAGGAGAUCCGCAAUUUAGUCGAGUCUUUGAUAAGCUCAGUGAGCGCAAAACAAUCGUCUUUCUGCACCCAACCACCUGUCAUACUCGGAAUCCCCAGACUGGCUCCGUGGAGAAGGUGGCACCUCUGAGCGAGGUUCCUAGUCCAAUCAUGGAAUUCAUGUUUGACACCACCCGAUCGCUGGCAGGUCUCUUCACAUCUGGAACAGUGACAAGAUGCUCUGGAAUCACAUUUCUGGUCUGUCACUGCGGUGCGACGUUCCCACCAAUCAUGCAGCGAAUUGCGGAAUUUUCCACCUUCAUGGCUAAAGGUGGCGACGCAGUCUCCGGCAAUGAUAUCAAAGAGCUGCUGAAUACCCGCUUUUAUAUCGAUCUGGCGGGUCUUCCUUUCCCUGAUCAGAUUCAUGGGCUUUUGAGACUUGUUGAUUCGUCUAGACUGCUGUAUGGAAGUGACUAUCCAUAUACCCCAGCAAAACUGGUAACAUCUCUAGCUGAGAGGGUGGAUGGUGGAAUGGAAAGUCUCUUUGGGACUGAAACCACCAAACGGGUUCCUACUUGA